AUGAUACAACAGCCUACCUACUGCUACCUGCCUGCUCAGGUGUGUGUGCUGCCUACAUACUAUUCUAGACGAGUGGUUGGGUAUUUCGUUGUUGCCAUCCUUCGCGAGAUCCACUUUCCAAAAAUGGACCAAGCACAUUAUGACGAAGGAUUUCCAAAAGAAAAUGAAAUUAUUGAAUUGUUACCAUGCAUAAUAUGCAAUCGUUCAUUCCGUCCAAGUUUAUUACAACGCCACUCAACUAUAUGCCAAAAAAACGCUAAAAAACGUAAGGUACCAUUUGAUUCAUCUAAACAGCGUAGAGAAGGUACUGAUAUGGCAGCAUAUUUACCACAUAUGAAAAAGGCUCAAGAUGCCUAUAUUGGCAUAGAAAAUUCCAAAAAAAACUGGAAAGCUAAGCAUGAAGAGCUUGUUAGAGCUGUGAAAGCAGCACGAGGUGAAAAAGUUGAUGAAAAACUACCAACUAAACCUGUUGACUCUGAAGAAUGUCCACAUUGUGCACGGAAUUUUGGACCUAAAUCGUAUGAUCGACAUGUAGAGUUUUGCAGAGAAAAAGCUCAGAGAAUAUCUACUGCACCAGUGAUAAGUCAAGUAGCUAAAGAACGGCUUGAAGCAAGAAUAAAAUACCGUGCUCCUCCACUUAAGUCACAGCGUACAGUUACUAAAGAAAAGUAUUCUCCAAAAAUUAAAAGUUUUACUCAAGAUGUUUCAAGUGUACCAAUAAAAGUGAUACAACCAUUAAAAACCAUUAAAAAAAGAACCUCGCCAAAUAGAAAUAUUGUAUCUAAUAUCCCACGUCAACUGUCAACAGUAGUGAAAAAGAAAGACCAAAUAUCAAAAAGUCUCUAUGGAGUUAAAAAUUCAAUAUACUUGCCUCAAAAGCCAGGUCUAAAAAAUGAAACAGUUAUAAAGAAAUCUGAAUCGGCCUAUAUCCUAAGUUCUCAAAAUCACAUAAAACAAGGAGUUAAUAAGGUGGUCAAUAAUUUUGACAAAAAAAAAAUUUCAAAGUCCCAACCACAUUUGGAUAUUUACAACCCUUGUUUGGAUAGCUACGAUCCAUUUAAAUCAGCUGAACAACAAAUGAAAGAACUCGAUCUAGACAUUAACAUAAUUGACAUUGGUCUUAAAAAUCCAUUAAAUAUUACCACAUCUGAUAAUAUAGAGAAUCUUCAAUUGUCUCCAACAUCUGCAUUCGUUAAAUAUUCACCAGUCUCUCCUUUAGUAUCAUCUCCAGAUAAUAUUGAAAAUGCAUUUCCCAAUGAAUUUCACUCUGACACUAAUCUCAACAGUCAUCCUCUACACAAUCUAAGCAAUUUAAGUUUGUGUUCUAUUGUUAGUAUUGAAUCAGCUGAUUUUAAUAAUAAAACUCAUAGUGCUAUAGUACGAGGUACAGAUCAUCCAAAAAGUCCUACAAAACGAAACAUCUCUCAUAAUCAUAAAAAACAUAUAGCUAUUGAAAAUAUGCUUUAUGGUGAUAAUGAAAAAGAUAAAUCAAAUCUCAAUUUUGAUUUGGCAGAACAAGAACUUUUAAAAUCUGUGUCGGAAUUUGAAAACUUGUUGAAAAUAACAGAUGAUGAUGAUAUAGUAUCACCAUCUUUAAAUAGAACCUCUGCCCUUAGUAUGAUCAACGGAAUUAAUUCCAAUAGCAGUGCUGAUUCAGCUUACGGAAGCUUGAACAGAAAAACUGAGCAGGCAACAACGGACAAUUAUCUUACACUGCUGAAAGCUGCUAAAUUUUGUCAUGAAUGUGGAUUCAAAUAUCCAAUUGUUGAUAUUAAAUUUUGUACUGAGUGCGGAAUGCGACGUAUUGUAUCAUGA